CUGCUGCUGAGCUCAAACCUGGCUCAAACACUGCAUACAACACAGCGUCGCAACAGGUCCGUCGGAACACAGAAUACCGGCAACAACACGACGGCUCACGACGGGAAGGAGGGAUAGCAUCAUCUCGGCGGGUCAACGGUGAACCAGCCCUGCGUAGGGGAAAGAAUACGCCGCCUGUUCAACGCUUCAUUGUGGGUCGCGUAUAGCCAGGAACGUUUGGCACAGAGAGCUGCCGAAAGAAAUUCCCACGACCAUAAGAUAUGCUGGGGAUGAGAAAGAAAGUCGUUUGUGUCGGCGACGAGAAGGUCGGCAAAAGCGCCUCUCUUCUCGUAUACUGCGGGAAGCCGUAUCCUGAAAGCUAUCAGAGUACCGUCUCAGACACAUAUCAACCGCCAGCAACAUGCCCGUACGAUGAAUUGUGGGACACGCCGGGGACCCAGGAGUUUGAUAGACUUCGGCCGUACAGUUACGAUGGGGUCGACUCAUUUUUUGUGUUUUUCGCUAUCGAUGACCCGUUGUCUUUCGAGAACGUUGAGGAGAAGUGGAUCCCUGAAGUCCGGUACUUCAGCGCGGAUGUCCCAAUCACUCUCGUCGGCUGCAAACAGGAUCUCCGAAACGAUCCUUCUACCCUCCGGAGGUUAGCACGCCAGCAACUCACCCCCGUCUCCUUCGAAAAGGCCCUGGACAUGUCCCGGCGAAUCGGAGCAGAACGAUACAUAGAAUGCAGCGCACGUCUGAACACGGGCAUCACAUCCGUAUUCGAAGGUGACAGCCCACGGGCAGCAGCAUCGGAUGCUGGUCCAUCCGAACAUCACGAACAGGGUUUAAUACACCUCCAACCACACCCCGACGCAGUAAACCUCAACCAAGACUCCUUUGCCCUCCACGACCCCACACCUCGCCCCGCAUCACCGAAUUCAUCCGGUUCCUCCCACCCGCUCGACCUACCCCCACCACCCCACCUACCGCCCCACCCCCUCCGCCCCUUAACCACCUCUCACUCCCAUUCCAACCUCGGCCCAAGAGUCAACCACGAACAUCAACAAAGCCGGAAAGACCGCAACCGCACCUCCGUAUCGUCAGGGAAAAGCAUAUCCUCCAUCUCAUCAGCGACGACAUCCACGUCCUUUGCGACGAGUUUUAAUACCUCUACGACUGCUACGACGAUGCAGAAAUCCGCUGCUGCGGCGGCGGAUGGUGGGACGAAACUGGUGUCGGAGAUCGAUGUGCAUGUGUCGAAGGGGGAUGUGCCGAGUGAGCUGAGCGAAAGAGAGGGUGGGGAGAAGUUAGUGGUUGGGGAUGGGGAGACGGGUGGUGAGAGUAUUCCGAUGGUGGAUCGGUCUGAGAAAGCGGGUAGGAAUGAUGCCGAGCAACCGGCAACGCCCGUCGCGAGACCAUCCGAGCCUGAGGCAGUCGUGCCUGACUCGUUCAAGACCUCGAUAGAGCUUGCGCCGAUGACUCGACAUGAAGCCGUCAGCGUUAAAGGUACCUCAUUACCGACACCGCCGACGGUUAACACGACGCCCAAACACGCACAGGAGAGACAGACGGGAUGCAAAUGCACGAUUCUGUGAGCGAAUGGCGUAAUAAUCCCGUAUUCGCACUCUGUUCUCUGCCAUUGCCAUUAUAUGUAGACGAAGGCCUCUUUUGUUUAUUCUUAGCUCCUUUUAAGUUUUUGGAUAGGCUUAUUUGCCAAAUAGGCGGUCAUUUCUCUCAGUGAUCAGUCGUGUUCAACUAGUUUCAUGUUCAU